AUGAAGGGCGUGAUCCAACAAGGCGUAAUCACCAAAGACGCGCGGCUCGAAAGGGGGCUGCCGCUGCACGCGCCGAAUGUGCGUGUCCGCAAUGUCAAAGAAGCAAACAUACCAGCAACGAAACCCAUGAAUUGGCAACCACGGACGAUAACUACUGCUCUUGUAUGUGAGACUCCAAGCGUGAACGUUACAUGCAAUGGAAACUCGGAGCAGCUCGGCAGAUUGGAGAGGGGGCUCCAGUCCAGUCGCCAUAGCUAA